CAACCCUCGUGUACUCAUUGUCACAGCUGCUACCACAAAUCUCUCAUCCUCGUAUAAGGAAAAUGGCUACUGAAAUCCUACACCAAUUGGAGCCAUGGUCUCACCUCGACGGAAAAAUCGUCAUGGUCACCGGGGCCUCCUCGGGCCUCGGCUACGAGUUCUGCCUCGAUCUCGCCAAGGCCGGCUGCAGAGUCGUAGCCGCGGCCCGUAGAACCGACCGCCUCAGGUCCCUCUGCGAUCAAAUCAAUGCAAUGGACGCUCCCAACGGCAGCAGCUCGUGUCGAGCUAUCGCGGUGGAGCUCGACGUCUCCGCUGGCGGCCCCGCCAUUGCAGCCAGCGUGGAGAGAGCUUGGGCCGCAUUCGGCUCAAUUAAUGCUUUAAUUAACAAUGCUGGUGUGAGAGGGCAAGUGAGAUCGUCGAUAGAUCUCUCCGAGGAGGAAUGGAACAGUGUGGUGAAAACAAACUUGAAUGGGUCUUGGCUGGUGUCCAAGUACGUCGGCGAGCGGAUGCGCAGCACUGCCGGUGGUUCAAUCAUCAACAUCUCAUCAGUUUCCGGCUUGAAUCGGUCGACGUUUCGCGGCGGCGUUGCCUACGGUGCUUCUAAAGCUGGACUUGACUACAUGACCAAGGCUAUGGCGUUGGAAUUGGGAGAUUACAAUAUAAGGGUGAACUCAAUUGCUCCAGGAGUAUUUAAAUCUGAAAUAACGGAAGAUCUUCUGCAGAAGAAUUGGAUGAAAAAUGUUGCAGAGAAAUCAGUUCCACUAAAAACAUUUGGAACAUCAGAUCCAGCACUAACAUCUCUCAUUCGUUACUUAAUUCAUCACUCUUCCAGUUAUGUUUCAGGCAACGUUUUUAUUGUUGAUGCUGGCUACACCCUCCCAGGCUAUCCAAUUUUCUCCUCUCUCUAAACGCCUCUCUCUCUCUCUCUCUCAGACUAUAUUUUUGUGGUAGCUAGGAACUCUGUGUACUUAGUUGAAAAGUAUUCAGUCAUUACAUUGCCCUUUAAUUUACAAAA